AUGUGUUUUCUCCAACCGCCACUCCUGCGACAUAGUAUCCUACGCAAUACCUCAAUUGCACUUCGUUUUCCUAGCUCUUGUUCACGGAAUCUUAGUAAGGGUCUUCUGGCGAAUAUUGUGGAUAUGUCUCCCAUCCCUCCCACCACCAACCCCAUCAUCAUCAGCGGUCCCUCGGGCGUCGGAAAGGGCACGCUCUACUCGCGACUCCUGGCCAACCACCCCACGCUCUUCACAACCUCCAUUUCGCACACGACGCGCGCGCCGCGUCCUGGAGAACAGCGCGAUGUGGAUUACUACUAUGUGUCGAUGGAGGAGUUUGAGGCGAUGAUUGCGGCGGGGGAUUUUGUCGAGCAUGCGAUGUUUGGGGGGAAUCGGUAUGGGACGAGUCGGAAGAUGAUUGAGAGUAAGAGGGGGGAGGGAAAGGUUGUCGUGUUGGAUAUUGAGAUGGAGGGCGUAAAACAAAUCCACGCGCUCACUCCCCCCUUCCCCGCCCGCUACAUAUUCAUAUCCCCCCCCUCCACCGCCUCGCUCUCCCCCUACCAAGUUCUCGAGAAGCGCUUGCGCGGACGAGGAACAGAAAAGGAAGAAUCGAUUCAAAAGCGUUUGGAACAGGCAAAGCUGGAAUUGGAGUAUGCGAAGAAGGAGGGCGUCCAUGAUAAGAUUAUCGUGAAUGAUGAUUUGGAGGUUGCGUAUCAGGAGUUGGAGGAUUUCAUUUUUGGUAAGGGGGGAAAGGCUGCGGAUGAGAAGGAGGCGGGGGUUAGUGUUCUGGAUUGA